CCCACCUAUCCCGUGCUUUCAGACCAGGCAUGAUCCAAAGCAUGAAGCGGGAAGUCGAUUCCACCACUAGAAGAGUGCAGACACUCUCCCCGGUUUCGCGUAUUAAACUCACUGUCAGUGAAAAUCUAUUAGGAUCGAUAAAAUUAAAUUUUCAAAUUCAAAUCAAAAAUGAUUCUACUCUUCGUGCAUCAUAGUUGACUAUAUAUGGAUAAAACAGGAUAUUUUUUAUAUGUGUCAAAUGUGAUAAAGUGAAUUGAUUUUGUGUGAUUUGUAAAAUUAUUGAAAAGAAAAACUUGUGAAUCUUUAGUGAAAGGGUAGUUUUUAACUUGAGGUAAUUUAUUGUGAUAAAAUUCAAAUUAUGAGUGGUGCGAAAUGGUGUGCUCCUUGACUAUCGAUAAUAGCUUCUGUAAAAGAGGCAACGUGGAUUUACAUUUAUCAAGUGGAGUUGGUGCUGUGGUUAUUGACGACAGCAUCAACAUGUCAUCAAUAAGUGAUGCCCAUAGGCGUAACAGUCAUAUGGAUGGUGAUCGAAGUUCUUCAGCAGGUUCUUCAUUGGGUUCAUGUUCGCCACCGCCUCCGUCGAGUCAUUCACCACCUCCAUCGAGACCACCUUGGUUACAUGAUUUUCAUGCUGCAGCGUCGCCUCAUGUUCUUCAAUUUUUAAAUCUUAGUGCUGCCGGUGGUGGUAUGUUAAAUAAUCAACCAUUGGCGGCGUUACAUUCAAUGGCGGAGAGAAGUCAUCAUCAACAGCAGCACAGUGGUAUUCAAAUAAUUGGUGUUUCUGGACAAUCUCAGGAUCAAACAUCACCAAAUGAAAGUGGCAAACAUAGUCCCGCUAAUUCAAUAACGUCCGUCGGCAGCAAUCCACAUGGUAUUGAUAAUAUUCUCUCGAGGCCGACAGCCACUCACUCACAAAAUUCAGUACCAACUCCCCAAGGACUAUCGACGACAACACCUCAUCCUCCACAUCUCGCUGCACCUCGUUAUGCAAUGCAUACUGGAUUUACAACUUCCACAGGAAUUAGUCAAUUUCAACAACGUACAGAACAGCGACAUCCAUCUGUUUAUUGGCCUGGUUUACAAGGAUUGGUCAGCGACCCACUAGCGUGGAGGGCCAGAUUACAUUCUUUGUCCCAACAGCUAGGUUGUCAACAAACAAUGGCGGGGACAGGUGGAGGCGGCACUGGAGAACAUGAGGGUGGGAAAAAAAAACACACGAGGCCAACGUUUAGCGGACAGCAAAUCUUUGCCCUUGAGAAAACUUUCGAGCAAACAAAAUAUCUCGCAGGUCCUGAACGAGCUAAACUCGCAUAUGCCUUAGGCAUGUCUGAAUCUCAAGUUAAGGUAUGGUUCCAGAAUAGAAGGACAAAGUGGCGCAAGAAACAUGCAGCGGAAAUGGCGACGGCCAAGAGACGACAAGAAGAGGUGGAAGGUGUCGUGGCUGAUGCCGAAGACGCAUGUAGUGACAGUGAAGCUAUGGGAAAUAACAAUGGAAACGGAAACAACGACACUGCAGCGAAAAGACUCCGUAGGGAACUCGAACAGCAAUAUGGUCCAUGAAUGGGAAGAAACGAUUAGACUUUCCAGCUUGAAGAAAGGCGUGGCCAUGGAGAAUGGGGGCGUUGCAGAAAUAGUCGGAGAGAAUUCUCCAGCGUGAGUUCCCCCUACUUUUCUUCUAACCCUCCACAAAUUCCAGUUCCACCAUUCCCAUCAUUGAAACCCAGCUCUCUAUGUCCUUCUGCCGUAUUUCCCAUAUACAGAAGACUUGAUAUGAUCAUCUGAUUUGAGCUUCCUCUUUUAUUCACAUUUAGAAAGGAAACAAAUGACGGUUUCUUAUCCGUUAUCGGAUUGUUCAAGGUAGAAUCCUUGAUAAAAAUGAAUAAGAGUGAUUCGACAGGUCUACCCAGGCCAUGAUAAUCGAAAAUUCAUGCAAUAAAGAAGGAAUCAACAGGUUUUGUGUAUUAUUUAAGAAAAAAUGUUAUGAAUAGGAACAUCAUCAGUGUACAUGUAACAAUCAACUAAAAAAAAUAAUGCACAACUUAUAUAAUUAUUCCCAACUUUAAUUUUAUUCAAUUUCUCAAAAUGUAAAAUAAAAAUUAUACUGUUAAAUACUCCAGAAGCAAAUAUUACAAUACAUGUAUUGGAAGUAAUUUUGUAAAACGUAAAGUAACGGUAAAUAAAUAGGAAGUUGCACGAUUAUCGAGAUCUCAUCUCGAUUUUUAGAGACAAUGUUGCCAAAAAAAAACCUUUCGAGUUUAUAUACCACUGUCAACGAAAUUUUCGUUGCGAAUUGUAAGUUUCGUGUAAUUAAAAUUAUUUCCUUGCAAUUUGGAAGAUAUAUUCAUUUUUUACCAAAUAAAAAAAUUUUUAUUGUUCACUAAAAGUGUGUGUAAAGAUUUCAUUCUAUAUGCUUAUUGGUCAAAAAUACUUUCUUUAAUAAAUUUAUAAUUGUUUUAAGUCACAUUCAAAGAAUAUUUUAUGUUACAAAGAAAUUUUUGACCAAUAAACAAAGAGACUGAAUUAAAAAUAUAUUCACAAUUUUAUUUCAAUUAUGAUCGACAUUUUUAUAAUAUAAUCUUGUUUAUAAUAUUUAUGUAAUUAAAAAAAUGUCAAAGUGUUCGAUCAAUUUACUUUUGUAAUUAUAAAAUGCGAUUUUUUCUUCUACCGAUCUUUAAUAAAAUUUGUUUUAUACAACACCCUUUCGCCUUUUAAAGAAGAGCCUUAUCAGAAUAAUAUAAAAAUUGUUAACACUUUGAAAAAAUAAUAAUAAUACAUAUGUUGAGGAAUCAUAUGCAAAUGAACUAAAUCAGCUGCACACACCUAUAAUACUCGCAGAGUGCAAUAAGAAACAAAAACCGGAACAACUAUAAAAACAUUUAUGUAUUAAUGUAUAUUAAAAUAUAUCUAUUAUUUAACUAUUUA